AUGAAACUGAGUCUGCUGGCCUUCGUCCUGAUGCUGCGGUACCUUGGGCCAAGCUUAGCUGUUGGCGUUCUGCUGUGGGUGAUCUGCUGGUCGGACGUGUUCUAUUCUUUCUGGGAAAGAGGUCAUGGCAGCAGCAUCCCCGCCCCUGUGCACCUGGUCAGCCCAAUGAUACUGGGCCUCACCAUGUUGCUUGCCACACUGUUGAUCCAGUAUGAACGGAUGAAAGGGGUUCAGUCGUGUGGUGUUCUGCUGAUCUACUGGCUGCUGGCCCUGCUGUGUGCCACGGUCACCUUCAGGUCCAAGAUCCUCCAGGCCCUGGAGCAGCUGUGGACAGUGUCUCUGUGGAGGUACACCACCUUCUAUAUCUACUACUUCCUGCUGCUGGUCUCUCUGUUCCUGUCCUGCCUGACGGACAAACACCCCCUGUUUUCCCAGGCCAUCAAAGACCCGAACCCCUGCCCUGAGCCUGGAGCUCCUUUUCUCUCCAGAAUUACCUUUUGGUGGAUCAACAG